AUGCGAAUGAACCGAAAUUUAGAAAUUCUUGAUGAUGAUCACAACCCAGAAAUUCCACCAUCAAUUGAUGCUCAUGAUCAAUUAUUACAUGAAAAUCACGAGGAAGGUGAAAUACAUAGGCAACCUCCCGCUCCACGCUUUCAAGAGUAUUAUAGGGGAUAUCAUAAUAUUACUGACUCUAAUGGGCCACUUGUCUUGCCUCCCCUACCACACGGCCAUACUUUCGUGGUAACUAAUAGUCUAAUGCAAAUGCUCACCGUUAGAGGUUUGUUUUCGGGGCUACCUUCUGAGGAUCCACAUGCUCACAUUGCCAAGGUGAGCCGUCCCUCCCCCCCCCCCCCCCGCUUGCCCCUUCUCCCGUCGCUCUCCCUCUCUUCUCCUCCUUUCUCUGCCCUCUCUCCCUCUUUUUCUGCUUCCCUCUCCCCUUCCCAUCUCUCCUCUCCCCCUCUCUCCAGCUCAACGAGAAAGCAACAACAGUUGUCAGAGACAGCAAGCUGCCGCAAGCUCCAACGAGCGACCAACGCACCUCCGGCGAAGCCAGCAGCCGCUGGCAGCCAUCGCGCCUCCCCUCUCCGCUAUCCUCCUCCUCCUCUAUUCUCCAAUCGUCUCUGGCAGCAGCUGGAAACAAGAAUAAUCAUCGAACAACAAGAACUCCGAUUUAAAAAGUUUCAUUCUAUUGGAAGACGGAUUUUUUUCAGCUCCAUCUGGGUUUUGGACUUAAAGUUCAAGAUGAUGAAGAGUGGCCUAGAAGAAUUUUCGGACAAAGCUUUGUUUAUUUUAAAUUUGUGUAUAUUUUCAUCUGUUAUUUUUAUUGCAAUAUAUGUAUAACUCUAAAGAAGCUCUUAUAUAUGAAGCAAUUUGGGGAUCACCUAGGGAGGGGGAAUUAUGUGUUUAUCAUUUUUAUUUGCAAACUUGUUUUGUGUCUAAAAGUAUGCUUAAAUGCAUAAUCUGGGUGGUAAAUGUUUAUGUGAUAAAAUAAAUUUAGAUUUAACCAAA